AUGAAAAGUUUAAUAUAUCGAUUAAAAGCACUAGGUUUAAAAAAUGUAGGAAUUGUUGCAUAUGAUUUGGGAUUUGAAAAGAAAAAUCGGAAAAAUUUUAUUCAUUUAGCAAAACUUGGUUAUGUAACAGAAUUUCGAGUUUUUAAUUUUUCGGCUUAUCCAUCAUUUUGGGAUUUAACUUUAAGAAAAAAUAAAAAAAAUAAAGGUGAAUAUGCUUGGAAAGUUGGAAUGAUUGCUGAAGUAGCACGUGAUUAUCCCGGUAAAAUAUUGGUUUGGAUGGAUGCGGGUAAUGUGGGAAGUGAAAAAUAUUUUACACAUUUAAAAGAUUGGAUGCCCGAAUUUCAUGGAUUUAUUUCACCUAAUUCCCCUGGUCAAGCAAAAGAAUGGAUACAUCCUGGAGUUUAUGAUUAUUUUAAUGAUAAUCAUACAUUAUAUGAUGAAUUAAAUAAUUGUAAUGCUGCUUCAUUAGCAUUUGAUACAAAAAUUAGUCAAAUUAUAAUUGAUGAUUGGUAUAAAUGUGCAUUAAAUAAAGAAUGUAUAGCACCACCUGGUAGUAGUAGAAAAAAUCAUCGUCAAGAUCAAGCUCUAAUUACUUAUUUAGUUGCUAGAAGAGGAAUUUCUUGUAGAACAAAUAGGAGUUCACUUGGUGUUACAACCCAUAGAGAUCAUCUUUGUAAAGAGUAUAAUGAAAAAUAUGAAGAAAAGAAUCGGAAGAGUUUAGGGACGUAA